GGAUCAUCUCAGAAAAGAUAUUAUUGAGACUUUGAUGAAGAUGUUGAAUGAAGUCAAUCCAUAUGUUAAAAAGUUUAGAUCAGCAAGGGACCGCUUCAACACAGAUCCUGAAAAUUCUUUCCAUAUGAGGAUUGUUAGUGAGAGGUUAAAGGAUGGAAGGACAUAUGACACACCCUCAGCUUCAGAGGUUGCUGCGCUGAUUCCUGGUGAUUUUUGUCUUGAUAUGGACAAAAGGGAUAUUGUUCUACAACAUAAUUCUGGGAAACUGUUGAGAAUUAACGAGAUUCAUGCUUCAUAUCUUGCACUUCAGUAUCCGCUUUUGUUUACAUAUGGUGAAGAUGGAUUCAGACUUGGUAUUAAGAAAGGAGCAACAGCAAAGACAAAAAAACAUAAGAAGCCUAAUAUCAGUAUGAGGCAAUGGUUUGCUUUUCGUCUCCAUGAGCGCAACAACGAGUCUCACGCUCUCCUACAUUCUAGAAGGCUAUUUCAGCAGUUUGUGGUGGAUGCCUUCACAACUAUUGAGUCUAAUCGGCUGCGAUAUUUGAAGUUAAACCAGCCUUCUUUGCGAUCAGAUAGUUAUGACUCCAUUAAGGAGUCUGAGAACGCAAGCAAAGUGGAUAUGAGUGAGCAAGGAUCUGAGUUUACAUUACCAGCUUCAUUUGUUGGGAGUCCUAGAUACAUGAAGAAUUGUUACUUGGAUGCUAUGGCAAUAUGUAAGCAUUUUGGAUUCCCUGAUUAUUUCAUCACUUUCACAUGUAAUCCAAAAUGGCCAGAGAUCACGAGAUAUGUUAAGGCGAGGAAGCUAAAGGCUGAAGACAGAUCAGACAUUAUCUGUAGAAUUUUCAAGAUGAAGCUAGAUUCGUUGAUGGAUACUCUGACCAAGAAAAAAAUUUUGGGAGAGACUCACUCAUCUAUGUACACAAUUGAGUUCCAGAAACGUGGUUUGCCACAUGCUCACAUUCUCUUAUUCAUGAAGAAGGCAAAGAAGCUUACAACAGACGAUAUUGACAACAUCAUCUCUGCGGAGAUUCCUAACAAGAAGGAAGAACCAGAGCUGUAUGAAGUCAUUAAGGAUAUGAUGAUUCAUGGUCCAUGUGGAAGAGCUAAUACAAAUUCUCCAUGUAUGGAGAAUGGACGCUGCUCAAAAUCUUAUCCUAAAUCAUUUGCUGAGAAGACCACUAUCAAUAAAGAAGGAUUUCCUGUGUACAGAAGGCGUGAGCAGUCAGAGAACUUUGUUAUGAAGAGUGGAGUGAGAUGUGAUAAUCGUCAUGUUAUUCCUUAUAACCGGGAAUUAUCUCUUCUUUACAGAGCUCAUAUCAACGUAGAGUGGUGCAACCAAGUUGGGUCUAUAAAGUAUUUAUUCAAAUACAUUAACAAAGGACAAGACCGUGUCACAGUUGCGGUUGAACCCCCAGACAACUUGGUUGCAAGUGAGUUAGGAGAUGUUGAGCUUACUAAGGAGAAGCUUGACAAGAAAAGGAAUGAACUCAAGGAAUUCUUCGAUUGCAGAUAUGUUUCGACAUGUGAAGGAACAUGGAGAGUCCUUGCAUUCCCUAUUCACUAUCGAGCAACUGCUGUUGAGAAGCUUAGUUUCCAUCUCCCUGGAAAGCAAGUUAUUACAUUCAGAGGGAAAGACAAAUUGAAAAAGGUUUUGAACAAGAUUGACUCCUUUGCAAGAACAUUGACCUAUGCUCAGAUCCCGAACUUCUAUACUUACGACAAAAAGGCAAAGAAGUUCAACAGGAGGAAACGUGGUUUUGCUUUGGGGAGGAUUAACUAUGCUCCAAGGACCCAGGAAGAUGCGUAUUACUUGCGUGUAUUGUUGAAUAUUGUCAGAGGACCAACCAGUUAUGAGGACAUUAAAACAUACGAAGAUGUUCUCUAUCCGAGCUACAAAGAAGCAUGCGGGGCUCGUGGGUUAUUAGAUGAUGAUCAGGAGUACAUUGAUGACAUAGUAAGAAGAAGUUUUGAUAGCACAGCAAGUGAGCUGCGUAAAGUGUUUGUGAUGAUGCUUAUGAGUAACACUUUAUCUAAGCCGGAGUCAGUUUGGGAAAACACUUGGAUGUUUUUGUCUGAAGAUAUUGAGCACUCUAUGAGAAGGAAUUUUAAUAGACCAGUUUUCAUGCUCAUUAUAGGUCUGUUGCUGAGUGAUGACGACAAAAAGAAGUAUGCUUUACUGGAGAUCGAAAAAAGCUUGAAACGAAAUGGAACUUCUCUAGCAAGAUUUGUUACUAUGCCUAAACUGCCAAAGACAAGUAGCCACGAUUCAAACGUCUUGGUGUUAGAUGAACGCAACUAUGAUCGUUCUGCUUUGUUAGAGACUCUGCAAAAUGAUCUACCGAAGAUGACUUGCGAGCAAAGAAAGAUAUAUGAGGAGAUUCUUUCUACUGUUAAUAAAGGAGAUGGUGGAAUGUUUUUUGUCAGUGGUUUUGGUGGAACAGGAAAAACUUUCCUUUGGAAAUUGCUUUCUGCAGCUAUCAGAUCAAGAGGAGAUAUUGUUCUAAACGUGGCUUCCAGCGGCAUCGCAUCACUGCUGUUGCCAGGUGGUCGGACGGCUCAUUCCAGAUUCAGUAUUCCUCUAAAUCCGGACGAAACUUCUACAUGUACUUUGACGCAUGGAAGUGACCAAGCUAAUUUAGUGAAAGCAUCUUCACUUAUCAUCUGGGAUGAAGCACCUAUGAUGAGCAAAUAUUGUUUUGAGGCUUUGGAUAGAAGUUUAUCUGAUAUUGUUGGCAAACACGACACACAGCCAUUCGGUGGGAAGGUUGUUGUUUUUGGUGGUGAUUUUAGACAGGUUUUGCCUGUUAUAAAUGGUGCUGGUAGAGCUGAAGUAGCUAUGGCCUCACUUAACUCAUCAUAUCUGUGGAAGCGCUGCAGAUUACUCAAGCUCACCAAGAAUAUGAGAUUGCUAUCAGCAGAAUGGAUAUUAAAAGUUGGUGAGGGUAAACUAUCAGAGCCUAAUGAUGGUGAGGCAGAGAUAGAAAUUCCAGAUGAAUUUUUGAUUAAAGACUGUAAUGAUCCUAUAGAAGCAAUUUGCGAAGAGAUUUAUGGCACAGCAACUUCAUUGCAUGAAAAGAAAGAGCCAAAGUUUUUUCAAGAACGAGCUAUCCUCUGUCCAACUAAUGAAGACGUUAACAGAGUUAAUGAAUAUAUGUUGGACAAACUACAGGGUCAGGAAAAAAUCUAUAGCAGUGCCGAUAGCAUUGAUCCGUCUGAUACAAGUUCUGCCAACAAUGAAGCUCUUAGUGCUGAUUUUCUAAACACAAUUAAGGUUUCUGGUUUACCAAACCAUAGUCUUAGACUAAAGGUUGGUUGUCCUGUUAUGGUUCUGAGAAAUAUAGCGCCUAACGAUGGCUUGAUGAAUGGGACGAGACUGCAGAUCACUCAGCUAAUGGAUUUUAUGGUUCAAGCUAAAAUAUUAACAGGAGAGAGGGUUGGGGAGACAGUUGAUAUUCCUAGAUUGCUCAUAACCCCAUCAGACACCAGAUUGCCUUUCAAAAUGAGGAGAAGACAAUUGCCUCUUGCUGUUGCUUUUGCAAUAACAAUCAACAAAAGUCAAGGCCAAUCCCUAUCUCAAGUAGGUCUUUAUCUACCAAGACCUGUUUUUUCACAUGGCCAGUUGUAUGUGGCUAUAUCUAGAGUGACUUCCAAAAAGGGAUUAAAAAUUCUGAUUUUAGACGAAGAUGGCAAACCACAGAAGAAGACUAUGAAUGUAGUUUUCAAACAAGUUUUCGACAAUCUUUAA